AUGGUCGCCAUCAAGGCCGGCAACGGAAGCCAGAGUCUCCGGCUCCCCCGUAUUCUUUGCCUCCAUGGCGGCGGCACAAACGCAAACAUAUUUCGGGCACAAUGUCGGGUUCUCAAGCUGCAUAUUGCGACCACUUUCCGCCUCGUCUUUGCAGAAGCUCCUUUCCUAGCACCACCGGGGCCUGGAGUCGCGUCUGUGUACGAUAGCUGGGCACCCUUCAAAAGCUGGGUAGUUCCGCCUGACAACGAUUACGACGGGCAGCACACGGACGAAGCAAAGGCCAUCGAAAACAGUCUCAGAGCCGCGAUGGAGGAUGACGACCAAUGCGGUGCGACAGGGGAAUGGGUCGGCCUCCUGGGCUUCAGCCAGGGGGCGAGAAUCUGUGCCAGUCUGCUUCUCAGUCAGCAAAUGCAACAGGAGACUGCCACACCUGCUACCAACUGGAGGUUCGCGAUCCUGCUUGCCGGCUCUGGGCCGCUGCUGGUACUCAACCUGCAGCUUCCCACAGCGCCGGCGCGGGACGACCAAUCCACGGCCACUAUGACCGGCGCACCGGAAUCGGCACUGGCGAGUCCCGUUUUGGAGUUACCAACUGUUCACGUUCAUGGACUGCACGACCCGGGGCUCCCCGAGCAUCGUAACCUGCUUAGCCAGUGGUGCCGGCCUGCGUCUACCAAGCUUAUGGAAUGGGAUGGGGAUCAUCGGGUUCCGAUCAAGACGAAAGAUGUGCUGGCUCUGGUAACUGUCAUUCGCGAAGUAGCGUGCGAAACAGGCGUCAGGAUAAAUGCUGGCCUUUCCAUUUAG